AGUUGAGCAUUUAGAAAUCUUGGUCCAAUGUCCUUUACAAACAGCGGGGAAAGCCCAUAGACCAUAGUUGAUUUUCUCACGAAUUUUUUCCACAGAACUCAAACCAGUAGAACUAAAACCAGAGUUUCCCGAACUAAGAGAAAACAAUUCAAGCAAUUGAAAUUCCAAAAACAAACAAACAAAUUUAAAGGAAGUUAUGGAGGAAUCAUUGCGAAUCAAAGAAGUUGAAGAAGUUAUAUCUAUCCAAGAAUUUGAGUCUCAAAUUGAACCCCUAAAUGUUCCCGCUGUUUUCAGAGGAUGUGUGAAGGAUUGGGAAGCUUUCCGGUGCUGGAAUCCUACUAAUGGCGGUCUCGAUUAUUUGCAGGAGCGAGUACAAUCAGCUGUUGUAGAGGUCAUGUUAUCAAGAUCAGCACCCAUCUUCUAUGGUGAUAUUAGAAGCCAUGAGAGGGUACCACUGCCUUUUUCGUCAUUCAUUGAAUUUUGUAAGAGGGGUUUGAGCAAAGAUGAUAAAGGUGAUGUGCUUAGUGAGUCAGAGAUACUUCAGAAUCAGAGUGUGGAACUGGAUGAUGAUUUGUGCAAUUCAAUAACAAAUUCCCGUGAUCAGAUUUAUUUGGCGCAGGUUCCGAUAUUGAAUAGGGAGAAUGAAGAAAGGGUGCAAUUGCAAAGUUUACAAGAAGACAUUAGAAUACCUUGUUUCCUGGAAUCAAAGAACUUAUCUUCUAUCAAUUUGUGGAUGAAUAAUGCAAAGUCUAGAUCGAGCACCCACUAUGAUCCACACCAUAACCUUUUGUGUGUGAUUACUGGCUGCAAGCAAGUUGUUUUAUGGCCACCAUCUGCUGGGCCCCUAUUAUAUCCUAUGCCGAUAUAUGGAGAAGCUUCUAAUCAUAGCUCCGUUGCUCUCGAUUCUCCUGAUUUAUCACUUCAUCCAAGAUUUAAACGCGCAUAUGAAUACUCCCAGAAAAUUGUUCUUCAAGCAGGCGAUGGCCUCUAUAUUCCUGAAGGCUGGUUCCAUCAAGUUGAUAGUGAUCAGUUGACAAUUGCUGUUAACUUUUGGUGGAGAUCCAACAUCACAUCGAAGAUGUCGGAACACAUGGAUGUGUAUUACCUGCGCAGGAUAUUGAAAAGAUUAAUUGACAAGGAGAUGAAUCAGAUGUUGCAGAAAACAUGUGAUGGAGGCUCUGGUAAAUUGAAAGAUUGCAUAAGUGAGGCACAUGACGGUGGAAAAGCAGAUGUUCUAGGAAAUGCUGUGUACCAGAAACAUGAGAAUAAGCCAAAUCUAAAUGUAAAACUUCAUGAUCUUAGCCUCCCAGCACGUCAGGCACUUCAUGAACUUGUUUCUCGUGUCCACGAUGGGGUAAAGGCUACAAAUCAGCAAUCCACUUCAACAAGUGAUUCUAGAGUUAUUUCUGAUAGGGACUGCAAGGAUACAAUGGUAACUAAGUCCUCUGACCUCAAUGUUGUCAACGAACAAGACCGAUGCAAUUCGACAAGUGAUACAGGAGUUAUUCCAGGUGAGAACUCCAAGAACAUGCAGAUAACUAACUUGUACCGCCUGGAAGAUGAUCACAUUGCAGAUGUUCUCUGGAAUCUUGAACCGCUUGAUAUUCUGACUGCCCUUUUGGCAAUGGUGCACAGCUUUCCCAGAACCUUAGAGGCGUUGAUAUUACACAUGCUUUCGCCAGUGGGUGCUGAAGUUCUUACGCGGAAAUUUGAUGAAUUAGAUCAGCAGCUAACAGAAGAAGACCGGAGCGAAUUCUAUCAGAGAUUCUAUAGUGUGUUUGAUGAUCAAUAUGCUAUAAUGGAUGCAAUUCUGAAAGCAAAAGAGUCGUUUGCACUACAGGCUUUCAAGAAUGUAUUGCAGCUAUACAUGGGAGUAACUCUCAGUGGGUCCAGUUACACUCUUUGAUGAGGCACUGGCACUGAUUUUUUUUGGGGACAGCUUGAUCUUGCCUGUGAUAAAUAGAAAGCUAAGUUCUCAUACAGUGGAACCAUUUGUCCUCUGCGGCAUACUUCACAUGUGAGUCACUCAUUACAUUGUAGAAUAUUCAUGAUUCUAGCUUGAACACUAUUUGUAUUUAUGGAUGCUAGAUGCUAGAUGCUUGCAGAUUUUUAUGUACGAUUGAAUUCACCUUUCAGGAGUAUUAUAAGAUUUACAGUAAAUUAUUGA